AUGAUCACUUUGCAGAAAGCAUCACGCCUUCUUCGCUGGGAUUGGGGCCUUUCUGCGACUUUACUGCGAGCACUAGCCACAGACACCCUGACAAUAUCUCAGCAGACAAAGGUAGAGCGUCCCUAUGCCCCGCUACCCUCGACGCUGGGGCUGCCGCAGGGCGCACGUGUCUCCCUGCCGCGUGCCAAAUAUGGCGGUCGGCACACCGUUGCCAUGCUCACCGGCGAUGGGGUGAGUCCUGAGAUGAUGGAGCAUGUAAAGUCUGUCUACUAUACGCUUGGGGUGCCGGUUGAAUUCGAUGAGGUUGCAAUCGACAAUAACUCCAAUGAGGAGGUGGUGCGAGAAGCGAUCAUGGCGGUACGGAGGAAUGGUGUGGCGUUGAAGGGCAGCCUUAAGACGAUUCCAGGCAUGAAAUCACAUAAUCUAAUGAUCCGAAACGAGUUGGAACUCUUUGCCUACGUGCAACGCUGCUACAGUUUUCCCGGUGUGAUAACCCGUCACAAGGAUGUUGAUAUUGUGGUUAUUCGGGAGAACAGCGAAGGCGAAUAUAGUCAGCUGGAACACGAAAGCGUGCCUGGCGUUGUGGAGUCCAUGAAGAUAAUCACACGUAACAAAUCGGCUAAAAUAGCUCACUUCGCCUUCAACUACGCUCUCCAACAUGGACGCAAGAAGGUCACGGCAGUGCACAAGGCAAACAUCAUGAAACUGAGCGAUGGUCUUUUUCUCCAGACUUGUGAAGACGUCUCUAAGCUCUAUCCCACCAUUCAGUUUGACUCAAUAAUCGUCGACAACUGCUGCAUGCAGCUGGUCAGACGGCCGCAGCAGUUCGACGUGAUGCUGCUGCCCAACCUCUAUGGCAACAUUGUGGGCGCUCUGUGCGCGGGGUUGGUGGGUGGUGCGGGUCUGGCCACAGGCAUAAAUUUAGGCGAGGAGUAUGCCAUCUUUGAGGCCGCCAUACGAAAGCAGGCGCAAUCGCUGAAAGGACAGAAUGUUGCCAAUCCCGUGGCUAUGCUGCUAGCGUCGGCGGAUCUUUUGGACCAUUUGGGUUGGCAAUUGACUAAUCUCCGGGUUGUCGGAUGGCUUAGACCCCUAGUGACCUUUGCCUCUUCCUCGGCUACAGGUCUGUACGAGAAGUCGAGGAUCCUGCGCAACGCCAUCGUGGAUGCCGUCUCGACGAAGAACGUGCGCACUCCCGACAUUGGGGGCACCUACACCACCCGCGAUGUCGUCAACGCAAUCAACUCGAGCGUAGUCAGCCAGAUGCAGGAGUAG